GCCGGGCGCGGGGGGCCGCGCCGCGACGGACCGACGGCUCGGCUGGGCUCGGCUGGGCUCCGCACCGGCCCCGUGCGGGAGGCUGGGAGGGGCGCACGGCCCCCCCCCCCCGAGCGGCGGCCCCGGGCCGCGACCCCCCCUUUGCGGUCGGAGAAGCGUGCAGCACCGGGCCCUGCGAUGCCGUUUGGCUGCGUGACACUGGGAGACAAGAAAGAUUAUAACCAGCCGUCCGAGGUGACCGACAGAUAUGACCUGGGCCAGGUCAUCAAAACGGAAGAGUUCUGUGAAAUCUUCCGGGCCAAGGAGAAGACGACGGGGAAGCUGUACACCUGCAAGAAGUUUCUGAAGCGGGACGGGCGGAAAGUGCGGAAGGCAGCCAAAAAUGAGAUCAUCAUCCUCAAAAUGGUGAAGCACCCCAACAUCCUGCAGCUGGUGGACGUCUACAUCACCCGCAAGGAGUAUUUCAUCUUCCUGGAGCUGGCCACCGGCCGGGAGGUCUUCGACUGGAUCCUGGACCAGGGCUACUACUCGGAGAAGGACACCAGCAACGUCAUCCGGCAGGUGCUGGAGGCCGUCGCCUACCUGCACUCGCUCAAGAUCGUCCACAGGAACCUCAAGCUGGAGAACCUGGUGUACUAUAACCGCCUGAAGAACUCCAAGAUCGUCAUCAGCGACUUCCACCUGGCCAAGCUGGAGAACGGGCUCAUCAAGGAGCCCUGCGGCACCCCCGAGUACCUGGCUCCAGAGGUGGUGGGGCGGCAGCGGUAUGGGCGGCCAGUGGACUGCUGGGCCAUCGGCGUCAUCAUGUACAUCCUCCUCUCGGGGAACCCCCCCUUCUAUGAGGAGGCAGAUGAGGAUGACUACGAGAACCAUGACAAGAACCUCUUCCGUAAAAUCCUGGCCGGGGACUACGAGUUCGACCCACCAUACUGGGACGACAUCUCACAGGCGGCCAAGGAGCUGGUGACACGCCUGAUGGAGGUGGAGCAGGACCAGCGGAUCACGGCAGAGGAGGCCAUCUCCCAUGAGUGGAUCUCCGGCAAUGCUGCCUCCGACAAGAACAUCAAGGAUGGCGUCUGCGCCCAGAUCGAGAAGAACUUCGCCCGGGCCAAGUGGAAGAAAGCCGUGCGAGUGACCACGCUCAUGAAACGCCUGCGGGCGCCCGAGCAGACGGAGACGGCCCCGGCCACCACCGCUGCCACCGCUGCCACCACUGCCGCUGCUGCCACCACUGCCGUUGCCACCACCACCGCCGCCACCACUGCCACCGCUGCCAUCGCCGCCACCGCCGCCACGGACACUGCGGCCCCUGCGGCCCCUGGCACGCCGCCCGCCACCGCGCAGCCCCCUGCUCCUGCCACGCCGCCCGCUGCCACGUGUAAUGGGGACGGGGCUGCCACCGCCGCCGCCGAUGCUGCCGCCACCACCGAGGCCCCCAGCGAGCAGACCGGCUGAGCGGCGGUGGCCCCCGCGCCCCCCCUCUGUACAUAGCCCCUGGCAUGGUCCCCCCUGCGCCCCAGCCUGCAUCCCCUUUUCUACGUGCCCCGACGGAGAGCCGGCCACGGGGCAGAGCCCUGCAUGGAGCCCGUCCUCCCCGGUCACCCCUCCGGCCCCCUCGGUGUCUUUGCCGGUCAGUCUGUCCCCCCCAUGCUCUCUCAGUCUGUCCCCCGCCGUCGUCCCCCUCCAGGGUUGCCCAGAGAUACGGGGCAGCCCACCUCCCGGCCACAUGCCCCGUGGGUUUGGGGGGAGGAAUAUCAUGCGGGGCCCCCCGGGACAUGCGUGCAUGUGUGGGACCGCAGGGAGGGCCGUCAGGACAGAGGGGGGGCCCCAGCAGGCGGAGCGCCGGGCACCCCCUCUUCAACCCAGGGCCCUGGGGGGGGACACGUUGCAGGGGGUGAGGGAGCACAGGGUCCCCCCGCCUGGGGGAUGCCACAUGGCCCCCCACGAGUCGUGUCUGGAGGAUCCCAAAUGCCCACUCCUUCCUCCCCGGUCCCGGCUUCCCUUCCUCGCAGCUGCAUG